UUAACACAUUCUACUUCCGGUGCGUCCUGGUCGUGUUUUUCUGCGGAGCGCACGGUUUGGUUUUAUAAAAGGAUCUAUCUUUUCAAUCAUCUUGGAAUCAACAUCGGAACAUUCAGCGGCAAAAUGUCAGAGGACGUGCAGAAACAUUCUGUGCACACGCUGGUCUUCAGGUCUCUGAAAAGAACCCACGACAUGUUUGUGGCUGACCAGGCUAAGCCCGUGGCCAUAGACGAAGAAAGUCACAAAAUCAAGUUGGCUGUCAAGUUGAAGGCGGACUACGGCCCCGUUUUACACAUGCCUGCUUUGAAGGAGAACAAGGAGCGGGUCCAUCAGAUGUCUGGAGCAGUCGCUUCUGCUCAGGGAUAUGCACAGCCAGGUGAAGAAGCAGAAUACCUGAUCACUGGCACACAUGCAUACCCAUCCGGACCAGGUGUGGCCUUGACCACUGAGACCAAGCUGCACAGAAACCCCAGUGAAGCAGGCAUCCAGACAGUGGCUCUGGCUCUGCCUCCUUCACAAGCCAGACAAGAGGCCAGUCGCACCGCAGCCAGUGUGGCAGAGAUCCAUCGGCACUAUGGAGGGGAGCGCUCUCACGCUGGCACUGUGGCUCUUUUAGAGGGAGGUGGAACUAGAAAUGCCCUGGUGAGAAGAGCUCCAACAAUGCCCAAACCACAGUGGCACCCGCCAUGGAAACUGUUCAGGGUAAUCAGCGGACAUCUUGGUUGGGUGCGCUGUUUGGCCGUGGAGCCAGGGAAUCAGUGGUUUGUCACAGGCUCCGCUGACAGAACUAUAAAGAUCUGGGACUUGGCGAGUGGAAAACUGAAGCUGUCCCUGACGGGUCACAUCAGCACGGUCAGAGGAGUAGCCGUCAGCACCCGCAGCCCCUAUCUCUUCUCCUGUGGGGAGGACAAGCAGGUCAAGUGUUGGGAUCUGGAGUAUAACAAGGUCAUCAGACAUUACCACGGACACCUGAGCGCUGUGUAUGAUCUGGACCUCCAUCCAACCAUCGACGUGCUGGUGACCUGCAGCAGAGACGCUUCAGCCAGGGUGUGGGACAUUCGGACCAAAGCCAACGUGCACACUCUGACCGGACACACAAACACAGUGGCCACAGUGCGAUGUCAGGCUGCAGAGCCUCAGGUCAUCACAGGGAGCCAUGACUCCACCAUCAGACUGUGGGACCUAAUCGCUGGAAAGACCCGAGCCACCCUCACCAACCACAAGAAGUCUGUGCGAACCCUGGUCACGCACCCCAGACAAUACACCUUUGCCUCUGGCUCUGCAGACAACAUCAAACAGUGGAUGUUCCCUGAUGGAAACUUCAUUCAGAACCUGUCGGGCCACAACGCCAUCAUCAACACGCUGGCAGUCAACUCUGACGGGGUGCUCGUGUCUGGAGCUGACAACGGCACUAUCCACAUGUGGGACUGGAGGACAGGGUAUAACUUCCAGAGGAUCCAUGCGGCGGUGCAGCCCGGGUCUCUGGACAGUGAGUCUGGGAUCUUCGCCUGUGUGUUUGACCACUCUGAGAGCCGUCUCAUCACAGCAGAGGCAGACAAGACCAUCAAAGUGUACAAGGAGGAUGACUCUGCGACGGAAGACAGUCAUCCCGUCAACUGGAAACCAGAAAUCCUCAAGAGAAAACGAUUCUGAUGUUUAUAUAUUUAAUUUGACCUAGUUUCUUUUGUACUUUUGUCAUUUUUCAUUUCAUCAGUGGGGAAAGGUCUGUGCUACAGUUUAGAAACCAUUUGCAGUUCAGUGUAAGACUCCAGUCCUGUGAGACCGCCGUCUUGGAUCACUAGAAAUCGUCCAGAGGUUUUGUUUCUGAUGACCGCUCUGUGGUCUGACCGGUGCACUACAAGUGUCCAUUCUUCACACUUGGACUGUCCAGACACAAGGAAAACCAGGUCUGAGAUGGUCAAACACAAAAUGUCUAUUGUUGUACAAAAACAGAAGUGAGCCUGUCUGGUUUAUUUAGUCAUGUUUUCCCCUUUAAUAAAAUACAUUUUCCAUAAAUGCCCCAGUCUUGGAGGCAUCUUUUAUAUUGGAUGUUGAGGUUGAACUUGCACCCUUGCACACUCUAAAAGACUCGUUAUUGUGCAAUGAGUGCUUUACAGUCAAUAAAAUCAGUCACACAUGGCCUUCAAUGCAAACACUUGGCUUUGAAUUUUUUCACUCCUCACAGUGAAAAUGCAUGUUUUUAAACAUUUGUACUGCAUUUAAUUGGUUACAUUUGUUCUAUUGUAAGCUGGACAAGUGUAAUGCCUUACUAUGGAACAUUCCAAGCAAUAUAUCAACAUAGUCAAGCAGGUGGCACACUCCCCACCUGACUACGUAGUUUACCUUUAAUGUUUUUAAAGUGAAAUUAUAAUUUGUAGAUUAACCCUCUGAUGCAUGAAUUAUGAAAGCCUUGGUCAAGAUUUUUUUCUGAGGUGUUUUUCUUGUCAGGACAUGAAAAAAAGUUCAACUCUUUUUUUUUUUCAAAAAAAAGAUUUUUUCAUGAAGUUACAAACAUGUCCAAUCCAGUGGACUAUGUGCGCCUGAGCACUCAACAUAAAACAUUGUGAACUGAUUGUAAAAAUUACUUAAUUUGUGUUCUAUUGUAAAUAUAUAAACACAUGUUUCUUUUUAUGCUUUG